AUGACGGUUCUCAAUUCUCAGGUUGUACUGAGGAGCAUCAACUCCCUAGUUGCCUUCUCCGUCAUUGUCAUCUUCAUCACCUUCUUGUUCUACCAAGGCCACGAAGUACAACCACCAAUGGCGGUCAAGCAUGAACUAAAAGAAAUACAGGACGAGGUGGCAGCUGAUCACCAUAAACAACCAAGAGGGAAAGAGGCACAGGUCCAAUCAAGAGCUGAGCUCCCAGACGCUACCAAGGAGUGCAAUUGGUCCACAGGACGAUGGGUCUACGACAACAUGUCCCGUCCUUUGUACUCUGGGCUCAAGUGUGCCUUCAUCUUCCCUGAGGUUGCUUGUGACAAAUACGGCAGGAAGGAUGUCAUGUACCAGCAGUGGAGAUGGCAGCCUAACAGAUGCCACCUUCCAAGAUUCAAUGCCAUCAGGCUGCUUGAAAAGCUGAGGAACAAGAGGUUGGUGUUUGUGGGUGACUCACUCAACAGGAACCAAUGGGUUUCGCUGGUGUGCAUGGUGGAGGCCUCUAUACCUGAUGCUAGGCACAAGAUGCGCACCUUCAAUGGCUCACUCAUUUCCUUCAAGGCAUUGGAAUACAAUGCAACCAUAGACUUCUACUGGUCACCGUUGCUGUUGGAGUCCAACAGCGACGAUCCAAUUGGCCACAGGGUGGAGUAUCGGAUCAUAAGGGCAGACAGAAUUGAGAAGCAUGCCAGUGCUUGGAGGGAUGCUGACAUCAUAAUCUUCAAUUCUUAUGUGUGGCGGAGGAAGCAUAAGGCUGACAUGAGGAUGAAGGUCAUGUACGGUUCAUUUGAGAGUGGUAAUGCAAGGUUAGACAAAGUAGAAAUGAUAGAUGGUUUCGAGAUAGCACUCAAGAAACUGACCGAAUGGCUCGGAGAGAAUAUUGACAAGAACAGGACUAGAAUAUUUUUUGCUGGAUCUUCACCUACACAUUCAUGGGCUAGCAACUGGGGUGGAGAAAACAGUAACAAAUGUCUCAAUGAGACAGAACCGAUCUACAAAGUCGGAUACAAAGCAGCAAGUACAGAUUACAGUAUGAUGGAGAAGGCUAAGUCAUAUUUUGGGACACUAGAGGAGAAGGGCAUACACAUUCAGAUACUCAACAUCACGGAGUUGUCUGACUACCGUAAGGAUGGGCACCCCACGGUGUUUAGCAAACAGUUUGCCCCUCUAACGACAGAACAGAUCACAAACCCAGCCAGUUAUGCGGAUUGCAUGCACUGGUGCCUCCCUGGUGUGCCUGAUGUCUGGAAUGAGUUUCUGUAUGGCUACCUCUUGUACAAAUGA